AUGAAACCACUUGUCACCGAACAUCUCACGAAUUCGUACACGCGUCGAAGAGAUCCGGGUCAAAUAGGUCACACUCUGACGACAGUGAAACCUCUUCUGGUCGAACGUCUCCAAGCAUCGAGCCGACAAAGCGAAACUGAUGCACAGCAGCAAGCCAUUAACGAGACGGUCCACACCGAGGGAUUUCAGUAUUCGACUAGGACCGACUCUCCGUAUGCCGUCGAAAUACAUCAUAAUUCGAUAGAAGACAUGUCAUCCGGCAUGAACAGCGAAAUACAAUGUGAUAUUCUCCACUUGCGAACAACGUUUGCAUUUCUCUACAACAAAGCUGUAAGAAUGCAACGGAAUAUGGAAGAUUUGAAAAACUUUUAUUCACCGCAUCUCAUGCCCAACGUGAAUGGUGGAGCAGAUAUGCAAGGAAUGGAGGAAAAUUUAAAUCAAACUGAACACCUGUACAACCUGCCGAUUUUGAUUGAAGCGACGUUUCAGGAGUUGUGGGGCCAGUUCCAGCUGCUUAGCCUCAAUGUUGCCAAAACUCUGGAUUGGGAAGAUUCGGGCAAUGAGAAAAAAGAUUUGCGUGUCCAACUUGUAAAAUGUAAAGCCGAGAAUUUGCAGCUCCGAAAAGAAAUCUCUUACUGGAAUCAAAGAUUGAAUGUCAUUGUUUCGAAUUUUUCACAGACUCUGGAGGAACUAAAGGAAAUAGGAAAUUCGAAAGAUAUUACGAUUCCGCUAGUGUCACUUGACUCAGAAAAUUCUGAUGACACACCGACUUCGUCAGAAUCAGGAAGAAACUUGGCCGACGCCGUAAAUGAGACAGCCGGCGGUGUUGCAGCUGAAGCCGAGCAGGUCCAAGAUUGUAAUAAUCAUGGAGCUUCUUCAGUACAGGUGAUCGGUUGA